AUGUAUGGAUACGCAGGUGCAUAUCCUUUUUUCGCCUUGGAUUUGGAGAAUGAGAGGAGGGUGGAUGAGGAUGCGAGUGCGAGUACGAGUGCGAAGGAUAUGAAUGUGAAUGUGGAUGUGGAUGGUUGUGGUUAUGGUUAUGGUUAUGCUAGCGAGAAUGGGAAUGGAAAUGGAAAUGGAAAUGUGAGUGGACAUCAGAUGGGCAAGGCGAGACAACAUCAUGUAAGGCAUAUUUCUUCGGCUACGACGUUGAUUGUGGCGAGAGAGGAGGAGGAUGAGGGGGAUAAGGUGCGAGUUCCAGAGAAGGUGUUGAUUAUUGGGAAGGCGGGGGUUGGGGAUGGGGAUGGGGAUUUGAAUGGGGAUGUGGAGGAGAGAGGUGAGAAGAAUGAUGAUGGGGAGUUGGGGUUGAAGAGGAAUGCGACGGGUUUGUCGAUGGGGGGAUUGGAGGUGUUGGUUAGAGAUGAGGAUAUAGAGCUUGAGGGUGGGGAGGUGGGGAGAUAUGGGAAUGGAGAUGGGAGUGGGAAUGGGAAUGGGAUAGAGGAGGUGGGGGGGAGGAUAGGAAAGGUUUUGAGGUGGGAUGAAGUUGCGGAAUGGAGACAAGAUAACGAAUAUAUUCUCACUGGAUAUCGACCCGAAACCAAAUCCUCCCUCCAAUCCUUCAGAAGUGUAUUUCAUCUGCACAACGAAACGAUAAACAUCCAUUCCCAUCUCCUCGGCGCAGUCCUAUUUGCACUUCUACCCAUCUAUAUAUAUCACACAUUACUCCCUCGCUACCACGAUGCCGCGACCGCAGAUGUUGUAGUUUUUGCGCUGUUUUUUGGAGGCGUGGCGGUGUGUUUUGGAUUGAGCUUUUUUCACCACACCGCAGCUUUCUGGAUCGAGCUCGAUUAUCUCGGUAUCGUGGCGCUGAUGUGGGGAAGUACGGUUGCGACCAUCUAUCACGGAUUUAUAUGUGAUGUGAAACUCCAGAGAAUCUACUGGUCUAUGAUCACACUUCUCUCUCACCCUCUUCACCCUCCUCCCUCCUUUCCGCACCCCCUUCUUCCGUCCCUAUCGCACCCUCAUGUAUGCGGCCCUGGGUCUCUCAGCCGUAAUCUUCAUCGUGCAUUCGAUUGUUCUCUACGGCAUCGCGUUGCAGUAUAA